AUGUCCACUGCGCAACAGGGGAGCAAUCAGUCGUCCUCUAGCACAUGGACCGAACCCCCCUGGUCGGGCUGGAUAGAAACAACCGGUGAUGCACUGCUCAUUCUCGAAGCAGCCAGGAGAGGCCUCAUUCCCCGAGUUACACGUCGCUUGGUAGAUUCCGAACGAAAGAUGAUCACUUCGGGAUCUGUCUUCGUCUUCGAUGAGGAUGAAAGUGGCAUUAAAAGGUGGACAGAUGGCUUCUUUUGGAGCCCAAGUCGCAUCUUGGGAAAUUUUUUGCUAUAUCGUGAGACGGACAAACGGGGCGCAGGUCAUCGUGGAACGCGGACGGAUCCUGAUAUCAACGACCCGACGCAGUACAAUGUCGAUGGAGUCAAACUUGAGGGGUCGUCUCUUAGUAGACCAAAGACAGAUAGCAGCCAUAUCGGUGUUGAUAAGCAUAGGGAGAGAACCCUCAUGGGAAGCUUGACGAACAGCUACAAGUUCAAACCUGAUGGCCUGAUGAAGAAGACCUUCUCUCUUUCUAUCGACGGCGUCGCUCAACAUCUAAUUUCAUACUACAAGAUCGAAGAUGUUGAGAAUGGCAGGCUUCGUGCCCCAUCAUCCCUACCCGAGCUCGCCUCUCUUGACAUCAGUCCCGAGUACCUCGAUAAAACACAUUUUCGGAACCCACCAAAAGUUGAAAUAGGUGUAGACGGCAUCCCUCGUUACCGCGGAGAAGCAGACGACAUUGAAUCCUCUCCCUCAAUUAUCACGGGGCCACUCUCGUCGGGCGUGCCGCUUCUGACAGAUGGUCGUUCUGCUGAAGGAUCGUCUAACAAGCGCGGAAAGCGCUAUGAUCCCUAUGGCUCACCAUCAGUCCCAAAACGAGCUAGGCGAAACACAAAGUCGGCACAGCCAGACGACACCCCUCCAGCAGGCGAAUCACAUUCUUCGCAAGCUGUUAGCCAGCCGCCACCACCUUCAGUCUACGCUGACCCAGGCACUCACAUGCCUCCCCCACAGGGGGCAUAUCCACCCUAUGGACCCCCGCCUGCCUUCUUCCCGAUAGGCUCCCACUAUCCCGCACCGCCUGGUCACAUGUAUCCCCAAGGUGCCUAUCCACCGCCGCCACCCCAACCAUCAUCAAAUGUAACGCCUCCCCAGCACCCAUUACAUCAACCUCCAGGUCCACCUUAUCAUUAUCCAACCUAUUCCCAGCCACCAGCCGGAAUGCCCGCUGGUGAUCCUUCUCAAGCUUUACAUCAAGGCCAACCUUAUUAUCCAUAUUUUGCUGCUCCGCCACAUCAUUCCUACGCACCAUAUCCUGGAGUAACUUGGCCGCCUUACUCUGGCUUCCCUGCGCAACAACCACCUCAGUCACAACCUCCCGUAGCACCAACCGCUGCCCCUUCUGAGGGUGAGCAACAGCAGUCUUCCAGUACGACUGAGGGCGAAGGGAGUACUACUGAUACGUGA